CUGGGCCAUCUCUCCGCCUCCUCCUCUUCCCAGGGCAGCAGUGACAGAGCAGGGCAGCCGGAGCAACGAGUGACAGAGGAAGGCAGUUGCCAGCGGGUACAGGGCAAACCCGGGGUAGCAGCAGCGGGCAUAGCUCGCCUACAAACACACGGAGGUGACCCGAGUCCGGCCGCGGUGGGAGCGGGAGGGAGGGGACCCGGGAGAACAGCAGAGGAAGAAGCCGAGAAGAUCGCAGCCCGUAGCCGCCCGAUGUGAGAGCCGCUCCCCAGACACUAGCAGCCUCAGCAUGGCCACCACCGCCACUUGCACCCGCUUCACGGACGAGUACCAGUUGUACGAGGAGCUGGGCAAGGGAGCCUUUUCUGUAGUACGAAGAUGUGUUAAGAAAUCAUCUAACCAGGAAUAUGCUGCGAAGAUUAUCAACACAAAAAAGCUGUCUGCAAGAGACCACCAGAAGUUGGAGCGUGAAGCUCGGAUUUGUCGUCUUCUAAAACAUCCCAAUAUUGUUCGUCUCCAUGAAAGUAUUUCAGAGGAAGGUUUCCAUUACCUCGUUUUUGACCUGGUCACUGGUGGGGAGUUGUUUGAAGACAUCGUGGCAAGAGAAUAUUACAGUGAAGCAGAUGCCAGCCACUGUAUCCACCAGAUCCUCGAGAGCGUUAACCACAUUCAUCAGCACGAUAUUGUUCACCGGGACCUGAAGCCUGAGAACUUAUUAUUGGCCAGUAAAAGCAAGGGGGCUGCAGUGAAAUUGGCAGACUUUGGCCUGGCCAUAGAAGUCCAGGGUGACCAACAGGCUUGGUUUGGGUUUGCAGGUACACCUGGGUACCUCUCUCCAGAGGUGUUAAGAAAAGAUCCUUAUGGGAAACCAGUAGAUAUAUGGGCAUGUGGUGUGAUUCUGUAUAUAUUACUAGUGGGAUAUCCUCCUUUCUGGGAUGAAGAUCAGCAUAAACUCUAUCAACAGAUCAAAGCUGGAGCAUAUGAUUUUCCAUCACCUGAGUGGGACACGGUUACUCCUGAAGCAAAGAAUUUGAUCAAUCAAAUGCUGACCAUAAACCCAGCAAGGCGCAUCACCGCAGACCAGGCUUUGAAGCACCCAUGGGUCUGUCAACGAUCUACAGUUGCCUCCAUGAUGCACAGGCAAGAGACUGUGGAAUGUCUUCGAAAGUUCAACGCACGAAGAAAACUUAAAGGUGCGAUCCUCACAACAAUGUUGGUUUCUCGGAAUUUUUCAGGUUUUAUCAAGGGGAAUCAACAACGUGAUUCUGAUGGGACAUGUCCUACAAUUGGCAGGCAGACUUCCGCCCCCGUUGUGGCCGCCACCAGUGCUGCCAACUUGGCUGAGCAAGCUGCCAAAAGUCUGUUGAACAAGAAGACUGAUGGCGUCAAGCCACAGACAAACAACAAAACCAGCAUAGUAAGCCCAGCUAAAGAAAGUCCCCAAUUGCAGACAACAAUGGAACCUCAAACAACUGUUGUCCACAAUGCAACAGAUGGCAUAAAAGGAUCAACUGAGAGCUGUAACACCACAACUGAAGAUGAGGAUCUAAAAGCAUCUCUCCUGUGUUCUGGGGAUGGCCCCCUGCUUCUCCAAGGAUGGAGUCAAAGUGAAAGCAAAAUACCUCCUCAGUCCACACAGUCCCAGUUUGGGUUAUGUGGCUCAUCUAUUACCCAUUCUUGUGAAGAGAAACUGAUUGCCUGGGACAGCCCAGGGCAAACUCUGGAGAUCGAGCCCGCUCAGUCGGAGCCUGUGCUCACUCCUAUUGUUCCAUUUUCUGUUAGCACUUCACUGUUGCGCAAACAGGAGAUCAUUAAGAUAACAGAGCAACUAAUUGAAGCUAUCAAUAAUGGGGAUUUUGAAGCCUACACGAAGAUCUGUGAUCCUGGGCUGACCUCGUUUGAACCAGAGGCACUUGGUAAUCUGGUUGAAGGAAUGGAUUUUCAUAAGUUUUAUUUCGACAACUUGUUGUCCAAAAACAGCAAGCCAAUUCACACCACCAUCCUGAAUCCGCACGUGCAUGUCAUUGGCGAGGACGCGGCAUGCAUUGCCUAUAUCCGCCUCACGCAGUACAUUGAUGCCCAGGGCCGACCACGCACAACACAGUCUGAAGAGACUCGAGUCUGGUACCGCCGAGAUGGCAAAUGGCUGAAUGUCCACUACCACUGCUCUGGGGCUCCUGCUGCCCCACUCCAGUGAGGAACCAAACACAGAGCCUCAAGUGGAAGAAUCCCUUCUUAGCGAGCGAGUCUGGAUCGCCUGAACGACAGCUACAGUCAUGUUCGUUCUGAAGUUUUAAAAAAGAAAAAUGUUAAAAAUUCAAAAAAUAAAAAUAUUGAUGCCGGCAGCGGCCAAAAAUGCACGAAACCCUGCAUGCAUUCUGAGGCUGGAGCAGCUGCUGGCUAAAUGUUGUAUUUCAUGGAUCCAUCGUGUCUGUUCCUGCUGUACGGAGGUGUUUUUAAAAUUCAAAGAGGAAAAGCAUUAAAAUUAUAUAUAUAUUGUUUGUUAAAACCAGGCUGAGAAAUCAUGGUUGCUUUUUAUAGAGAAGACAAGAUUGUCAGCUACCCCAGGCAACUGUUGGGAAAGCAAAAGUGAAAUAGGAAUAUGAUGUAAAAGAAAAUGAAGAUGUUAACUUGGGAAGCUGUUGGAUUGUAAAAUGCCAGAGCAGAUACAAGGUCUAUUUUAACACGAGGACUCUCCUGUCGUCUUCAUUAAAGUGUUGACUUGCAGGUAGACAUGUUAGUACGUCAUAUAAAAUAGAGCCUCAGAAGAACGUUUUUGUUCAUUUUUUUUUUUUUUUUUUUACUAAAAUCUUUCAGAUCUCUCUUUGUCUCACUUCUGUCCAUGGCUGACCUAGAACCUCCUACAUAGCAAGAAGCUGAAGAAGUCUUGUAAUUCAACCUUGACUCCCAAGAAAAGGAAUUGUCUUUAUUUUUUGUUAGCUGGGAUUAAUCAGGGUGAAUAGUUAUUAAUUACAAAAAACUAAACACCUAAAAUACAGCCUACAGAAGGAACAUUUCAUUAGUGACAAUGUUAAUUUCUUUGUUAUGAAUUCUUUAGAAUAUGCUGAUUGAUAAACUGCCAUGUAAUGGGAGGGGUUUCUAAUUAGUCUUGGCUUGCCAUGGUAUGUGUGUAAAUGGGAUUGGUUUAUAUUCACAGCAACUAAUGCUUUGUGUCUUUUGAAACAAAUCUGCAAACUGCUUGUAAGACAUGAAUGACAGGUCACGAGUGAACCAGUUCACUGAAAUUGGAUGCGUAGAGAUGUAUGCAUGUCUUUCUAUGCUUGCCUGCACCUCCCAAACUAGUGUAUGAACUGGUGGACCUUUAUUUUAUUGCCAGAUGGUGAAUGUUGUCUCAAAAGUACAUUCAGGUGAAAACGUUUUUAAGAGUAAUCAAUUGUUCCCAUCUGUCAUAAAGUCUUUUAUCCUCAUAAACCAUAUGUGAAGUUGUGCUCUCCUAUUUCUGUAAAAUAUGGCUAGGAACCGAGGAUGCCCUCGGCUGUCCUGAAUUUGGAAAUCAUCUGUCUGGAUGUAAUUGACUGUUUUUGAUUCAGACAAAAAAAAAAAAAGCUGUGUGUAGCGCUGUUUGUUUGUAUAUGCCAAGGCUUGUUAAGUAUAGAAAAAGCCAAGCACGAGCUGAAAUCCAAACAUCACUUAAUCAGAAGUAGCAAGUCCGUUAGGCUCCAAAUAUUAUAAGUUGCACAUCUGUUUGUGUUGACAUGUAUCUUCAUUAGGACAACUCCAUUUUGUUGGACGCCUUAAAUACAGAAAUCACUAGGUUGUUGGGAAGUAUUAUUGGUAAGGAAUGUGUUGUUGAUAACUUGCCACACUGCUCAAUUACAUUUUAGUUUUUCGGUGCAUGUCCAGGUCUCUCAACUUGUAACAAAAAAAAAGAUGAACUUGUGAAGAAACAAUUAGCCAUGAUUCCCACAGGAACAAAUUAUGUUCUCCAGGAGUUUUGAGAUGACAGAUACAGAGAUGAAUGUGUAACGUAUAGACUAGAACAUUCAUUUGCAGGUAGCUGGAAGCUACAACACUUCGUUGCUACGACAUGUAGAGAACAACCAGCGUUUGUUCAGAAUAAAUUGAGUUUCAAGCGCUUGUGUGAAAUAAGAGCACAUUGGGCAGAUGGGAAAUAUAUUUUCAUGUAAUUUUUGGUGGGAUUUAUGUAUUAUGUUUAUUUUAGUCAUUUUUUUUCCUUUCAAAUAGCACUAAAACUUAACACGGUGCUUUUGGCUUUUUAUCAUUUACAACCGACUGAUAAAAGGGAAACCAAGCGAAAAAUGAGACAUAUAUGCAGUUUAAAUAAACCUAAAUAAAGUUAUGCAUGUAUUCUUUAUGUCUGCUUUUUCACUUCUCUGUUUACUUGAUUAAUAUUAUGAAAAUCGCUCUGUAUUUAGUGCAUCUUUCUGAACAAAAACAUUUUUUUUUUUUUUCCUUUUUGCACUGUCUUCUGGGAUUAAACCGAACCAUGUUUUUUUUUUUUUCUUUUUAAAUUAAUUUAAUCCUUAGCUUGGUAUGGUUAUCUGACAAAGCAGUAAUCUUCUAGCAAUGUUACUGUUCUCUUAUGGGGCUAAUGUAAGCAUAUAUAAAUAUAUAUAUAAUAUAUUAUAAAUAUCACGUUUUAAACAAGACUUGGAAAGGCAUUUGAUGCAGAACAUUUGCAUGAUAACAGAAAAAUAAAACAAUUACUGUGUUUGUUCUGAAUGUUGGUAGAUCCUCAUAGCUUUGUUACAUUGAAACCUUGAACAUAAGGUAUUUAAUAAAAUAACAUUUAAAUCA